AUUUAUUUAUCCGAUUUCGAGGAUUCCCAUACAAGAGGCCUAAUUUACAAUUUCACCACGUCGUGUGUGUGCUGGAAGAUUGCGAACACUUUAUUAUCAUCAUAUCAGUUUAGUUCACUGCCAUCUGUCCGACCGAGAAGAGUAAACAAAAUUUCUAUUCAGUUUUAGUUGACGUGUAAAUCCAUUUUUGGAAUUCAAAUAGUUAUAUUCAAAUAUAUAUCCAACUGCAUCAUAAUUAUGGCCAGUAAAUUCUUUUAUUUCGGUUUCGGUAGUAAUAUGCUGGCUAGUCGGAUUCAUAUACAAAACCCCACAGCUAAAAGGAUCGGGGCAGGAAAAUUGGAGAACUUCCGCCUGGACUUUCACACAGGAUCAAAAAACUGGCUUGGGGCUCCGGCCACAAUUGUACCCACUGAAGGAUCUCAUGUCUAUGGAGCCAUUUGGGAGAUUGACAUGUGCAACCUCAAGGAUUUGGAUGAUCAGGAAAGUGUGCCCAGUGGCGUAUAUAUUCCGAUUAGCGUGCCCGUUUACUCAUUGACUACCGAUGCGAACAUCACCUGUCGAGCGUAUCACCUGGCGAAUCAGCCCCAAACAGAGAUUCAUGCAGGUGGUUCCCAGGAAAACAUUCCCCUCGAUCGUCAGCCCUCGCAAACGUACCUCAAAGUUUUGGUAAAGGGAGCCAAGGAGUCGGGAAUUCCGGAGGAAUACAUCCAAUGGCUGCGGGGCAUUAGGCAUAAUGGCAAACAAGUGCCGACCAUGGAGGAAAAACUAGAACUGGAACAAGUGCAACUCAGUUGAUCAGAUUGUAUUGCAGUUUUUUGACGAGAAUCCUAUACACAAAUGUUCUAUUACAUCUAUUAAAGUACAAAAGAAAGACAUUACCUAAAACAUAUUCAAUGAAAUUGUAUAUGGUCUAAAAUAUAAUUAAAUUAAAUCUUGAGAUUUGUACAUUUAAACUAAAUAUAUACAAAAUUACAUA